AUGGCUCCAACCUACACCCCCGACCAGCUCGAGCGGUAUCUCCAGCGCAUCCAAUAUGCCGAUUCUGCCCUCGUCGCAGGAACUACCCGUCUGGAACAUGUCCAGUCCUCCAUCAAGCACGAUCCAUUGGCGACUCUGACAGAACUGCAGCGACGACAUCUGGCGACCAUCCCAUGGGGUAAUUCAGCGUUGCACUAUUCCCAACACCUGUCCAUCUCCGUCAAUCCAUCGAGUAUCUUUGAGAAGCUGGUCGGCCGUCGUCUGGACGGGUACUGCAUGGAGAACACCAAUCUCAUCUACGUGGUUCUUCGGUCCCUGGGAUAUACCGUGUAUGCGACCGGUGGGAGGGUAUGUGAAGCUGCUAAUGGGGUGAAUAAACAUCCUGGUCAGGAACGGUUCUCUGCCAUUGGGCAUAUGAUUCUUAUCGUGACGAUUGCUGGGCAGAAAUAUAUGGUGGACGUCGGAUUUGGGAGUAACUGUCCGACGAGUCCGUUGCCCCUUAUUGAGGGGGCUACGGCCGUCUGCAUCGCCCCGUCGGAGAUGCGUCUGAUCCGGGACACUCUCUACGAAUUCGUGGACAAAACCCAGAAGGUCUGGGUUUACCAGAUCCGAUAUAACCCCGACAGCGACUGGAUUCCCCACUACUCGUUUUCGGAGGUGGAGUUUUUACCUCAGGAUUAUGUCAUGAUGAACUUCUUCACCAGUAAGCAGCCGAGGAGCUGGUUUACGCAGACAGUCGUCUGCUCGCGGGUGAUUUUGGACGAGAUGAGCUGCGAGCCGAGGGGCGUGUAUGUCCUGGCGGGGAAAGAGGUGAAACGGAGACUGCGCGGGAAGGCGGAGGUGGUCGAAACGCUCGAGAGUGAUGAUGAUCGAGUGCGAGCUCUGGGUAAGUGGUUCGAUAUGCAUUUCCAUGACUACGAAGUGGACGGGAUCCAGGGUCUAGUAUCCCAGUUCAAAUAG